UCCCGCCCUGUACAUCUGACGUGUGUUUACAAAACAAAAGCAGUCCAUUGCAAGAAAAAAUGUGCAUCGACAUUUUGUACGUAAGAAGCUUAUUAUAGACCAUCAUGAACUGUCGAUCAGAAGUCCUGGAGGUGUCAGUGGAGGGCAGGCAAGUGGAGGAGGCCAUGCUGGCCGUCCUGCACACGAUCCUCCUGCACCGCAGCACAGGUAAAUUUCACUAUAAGAAAGAGGGCACGUACUCCAUCGGCACGGUGGGAACUCAAGACGUGGACUGCGACUUCAUCGACUUCACAUUCGUGCGAGUGUCUUCUGAUGAGCUGGACAGGGUUAUCAGGAAAGCGGUAGCCGAGUUUAAGGAUGCUCUUGGUAAUUCUGGGAGUGAUGGCAUGGGUCAGAUCUCUUUGGAGUUCUACCAGAAGAAGAAGUCACGCUGGCCCUUUUCAGACGAAUGCAUCCCGUGGGAGGUCUGGAGCAUCAAGGUGAACGUGGUGAACCUGGCCAACGAACAGGAGCGUCAGAUCUGCAGGGAGAAGGUUGGCGAGAAGCUCGGCGAGAAAGUCAUCAACAUCGUGGAGGUCAUCAACCGUCACGAUUACCUUCCCAAGAUGCCCACGCAGUCGGAAGUGGACAAUGUGUUCGAUACGAGUUUGAAAGACGUCCAGCCGUAUCUGUACAAGAUCACGUACCAGAUCACUGAUUCUCUGGGCACGUCAGUGAGCACUACCAUGAGGAGGCUGAUCAAAGACACGCUGGCAUUGUAAAGGACAGUGAAACAGCUGAAGCCAGAUGCUUCUUGGAUGUUUAUGAUGAUCAUGUCAAAAUAGAAAAUCACAUUACAUUGUUCCUGAAUGGGAUUUACACUUUCCCUGUAUAAUAAUGGUAUACACUAUCGUUAUAUCAGCUAAUUCAAGCAAGAAUAUUAUUGUAACUUGUUUUUUGUUUUUUUUAAUAAAAUCUAAUUAUGUUACCUGAAUUAUAUUGUUCGGAAU